UGUUGUUGUGCCCGCGCGCACGGACAGACACAGUGCCGGUUGCUGAGCGGUUGGCAUUGGUUGGACGCCGUAUCGUCCGCGUGCGUGUGCGAAGAGUGCGGAGGUGUAUGCGCACUGGUUGAGAGCAAAGUUGUGGUCGGGUGUUGCUAUUCCUGGCGGCGCUGCGUGGGGCUACCCACCUGCAGCGUCGAUUUGAGGGGGCGGCGACAUGACGACGCGACAGACCUUGCAUGAGUAUAAGCAUGCGCCGGGAAAUCAGACUUGCGCCGAUUGCGGCGUGGCUGACACCAGCUGGGCCUCGACGACGCUAGGCAUCUUCAUCUGUGUCGACUGCAGCGGCAUCCAUCGCAGCUUGGGGGUGCAAAUUAGCAAGGUCAAGUCCCUGAAGUUGGAUCAAUGGGCAAGCGAUGAAGCCAAGCAAAUGGCCGUAGGCAACUUGCAAAGCAACGAAAAAUACGAAGCCUGCGUUCCACGCAUCGUGCUUCGGCCUUCGGGCUCAUGCCCAACGCAUAUUCGAAACAGUUACAUCCGGGCCAAGUAUUCGGAGCUCUUGUUCACUGAUCGGCGAGAGGCAGCCGAAGCACGGGCCCAGCUUUUGUCUGGCUCCCUAGAAGGCCUGCUCCUCAAACAGGGCAAGAGCAAUGGAAAGUGGCUCCCUCGCCACGUCGUCCUGGCUGAUGGCACCCUCAAAUAUCACGCUAGCGAGGGCGAUGCCGAAGAAAAGGGCUCCAUUCCCAUCCUGCAGGCCCUCUGCACCGUGGUGGUCCCCGGCUGUGAUCAAGAGUUUGUCUUCAACAUUCUCUAUGAUAACCGCAUGUACUACUUCAAGGCAAGCUCAGCCAUGGAUUACUUUCGCUGGAUCACUAGCAUUCGGGCCGCCCGUGCCCGAGCCAUGGGGUGGGACGGUGAACGCGAGGACCAUCCCAUGCUAGAUAAGGUCUGCCCGAUAUCCGAAAUUGCGCAAGGAAGUUAUCCGCUAUUGUGGCGAUCGGCGUCUCACCUCGCCAACCUCCGCUGCCUCCACACCGAUCAGGCGUUACAGCUGUUGGACAGCAAGCGCAGGGAGGGUGUCCUGUCCAAGGCGGGGCCCAACAUGCGUGGCAUGAAGGCGCGUUACUUUAUCCUUCAUGAGCGCACACUGGCCUACUUUGGUCGACAGCAGGAUGCCGAGGCCAAAGGCGUCAUUGUACUUGGCCCUCCAAGUCGUGGCUUUAAGGUGUGUCGCGACAACAGCAUUGUCAGCAGUGCCGUCGAUGGAUGCUGUAUCCGCUUGACCACCCCGGAUCGUGAUUAUGCCAUUCAAGCAGAGACUGAGGAGGAGGCCAAAGCUUGGGAAAACGCCAUCUCCACAGCCAUCAACACUUUACCCGUUUACUAAGUCUCAAUUCUGAGCACCAGACAAACCAGACAGACUGUACCGUUCUCCUUCUGGAGCAGGCGCUUGGCUGCGCAUUGUGCCUAUCCAUGUCAAUGUGUCAGUCGAACACGCGGUCGCGCGAGUUGUGACCAUGCCCGAGCUACGCUCGGAAUUUUGAUGGCUGUGGCUUGUAUUUUCUCAAUUGUAGUACAUGUAGCGUC